AUGUUACUUUCCGAGUUCGCCUCUACAGACCUCACUCGCGCGCUACUUGACGAUCGAGCACCUUGCUUCCCUGGUAAGAUCUGGCAAGAAAUCGAGCGCGGGCCCGUUUGGUGGGAGAAGCAGCCAUAUGGCGUGAAUCUGUCCGUUAUAUUCCAAACAAUGGCAGAGAUGGCAUUCUAUCGACAAUCAAUACAAGCCAACGAAGAGAAACUACAAAUUGACCAAGUUCGAGACUUCGAACGGCGUCUCCAGCCCAGCUUUUCCGUCCUGAGUCUGGAUCACUUCGGCUGCCCAGAAGAAGAAACCCUUUCGAAAUCCGAACUGGAAAAGGCCAACCAGACCUCUGCAUUUACUCGUGCAUUUCAGCAUAGCGCUCUGAUUUAUCUUUAUCGCGCGGUUUGUCGGGCUACCCCCUCGCCAUCACCUCGUGCAACAGCAUGUCAGUUUCUGCAUGGGGUGUAUUCAAGCUAUUAG